AUGUCCAGGGACCGCCUUGAAACCUUCUAUGUCUUUGAGUACUUUGGUUCCAGCGAGUUUAGCUUCUCCAAAGUGACUUCCCAGGCAUUCAAGGCUAUUAAAGAUACUCCUUUCAAGUACCACUCUCAUACAACCAGAGUAUGCCGUUACCAGGACUUGGUUUUGGCUGUUACGAAGUUUCAGAUGAAGUUUACCAGAAGGUAUGAGCAGAUCGAGCUUCAGUUCACAAAGACAUUAAAAUCCAGAGUCCUUGAAUGCCCAAAUAAGCUUGAAUGUGUGGUUGUGGCUCCAGGACAGUUAAAGGGAUAUACUGGGGAAGGUUUUGGCCCCCUGGCCUGCUUUGUGGCUCAGUUUGAAGGCCAGAAGUACUAUAUGGAAGGAGUUGGGUCUACUUUAAGUGAAACAUUGGUUUGUCCAUAUGAAACACAGAGGAGAGCUGAAAUAAUCGGUUACGGCUAUUCCAGAGAAGGCCAUGUACACUUGAAAACCAGUCUUUGUCCUCCAAACUGGCUCAACCAGGAUACUUCUACUCCUACAGUUUAUCCAGACAUGAAGGUGGAAGAAGCACUUACACUUGAGGUUACUUGUAGUCCAAAGACGGAAAUAGACAGUUUCUGUUCAUUGGCAAUUCUUUCUGUGACCGUUGAGCUUUUGGAGCUUACCUGUGUUAACCAGAAAGGCUUUAAAAGCACGAAAACGCUUCGCUUCCAGAAGUUAUCAUACAAAAACUACUUCCAGUGCCUUAAAAGUCCAUGUAAGUUUGCUCUUCCACGGGAAGUAUACGAGUCGUCCAUUCCAGACGUGGGACCAACGUUUUAUUCUUCCACAGAGACUCGAAACUAUGCUAUUAAAGUGAGAGUAGGGUUGAUAGACUUGGAAAGGGUCGUUCCGCUUAUGGUAGAGCGGUUGGUGGAUAUAAAUGUUGCCAGAAUGGACGAAAAGACGCUUAGAAGUCUUAUUUUAAAGAAGCAGGCCAAGGGAAGCUUACCAAGCGGACCAACGUACAACCGCUUGUUUAUUGAAGCCCACAGACCUUCUAAAUUUAUUCCUGACGGCCCCAAAGCGUCGUUUGACGUUUUGGACCAAUGUGAAACAGUGCCUGAGCUGCAAAAGACACUUCUAGUCCAUGGCUUCAACAAAGUCAUUACCAUAACCAACAUUCAAUCAAAGAAUAGCGAAAUCAAGACCCUAGGACCCUCCAAAGACUUCUGGACCUCAGAGAAAGCCAGCCUGGACUUAUACUGUUCCAUGGAAUACAGACUCUUCAAGGUACAGAAAGCAAACACCCAGUAUCUCUGGAUCGGGCCCACAAUCACCAAUAACGGGAUGUUCUUUACAAAAAACCUUCCUUUGGAUCUCUGGGACAUUCUGAACCGAGAGCUUCGUCAUUUGGACUACGCUGAAGGUCCAAUGGUUGUAUUUUUCCAAACCAGCACCAGAAAAACCACCAAACCCAUGUACUUGCGUCCAAUUACAACCCCAAAACUCCAUCCAAACCUCAAAGGCCAAGGAGUGGUGGUCGCCAACGGAAUGAAGGUUUCUGAGUUUCUUACAGUCAGAAUAGUAUGUCCAUUUUCAUGGGAAGUUACGCCAGACACUUCUAUAGACCUUAAAUUGGACCUUGUGGUUGCCAGAAUCAAAGAAGAAGCUGAUCCAGAAAAAGAAGAGUUCUGCUUUGUUCUGGCUUCAAAAGAAGUGUUUCACUGGGACGACUUCACCUUAUCUGAAACAGGCAAUGAAUGGUAUAUGGACGUUUCACCCAAAUGGCUCAAUGGCGAUCUAAAAGGCAUUCUUCCCACUUUCCACACCAACAAUGUAUUCAAAAGAACCACUUUGGACGUGAGUUUCACGUUUCGGUCCAUGGGCUCCAGCCAGACUUGUCUGGUUCAGGUUCCUCUAGCUGUGUGUUUAGACUGUGUGGAUGUUACUGGGUAUGAAGUUAUUCCGCCAGAAUAUGCUGUUUUGGCGGAUCCAGAGGAGGUGGAGAGGUUUGGCGAGUUUAGGGAUAUGCUGGAGGUUGAGGAUAUUUGUGGAGUGGGUUUGGCUGAGUUGAGUGAUGAAGAGUGGCCUGAGGUGGAGUAG